AUUGCGGACCUCAUAAUCGGGAACACCCAUAACGCACAUGUCUUCCAUUCCUCCCUUCCGGACAAAAACACCCUUACCUCCUGCUCUCUCGUUUGUCAAUCCUGGAGACCAUUCGCGCAAAAACGGCUUUUCGAGGAAGUACGGCUAGACAUCAAAUUCCGGCCCCUCGACCAAUCCCUGGCCUUUCUGGAGUAUUCGCCGCACAUAGCGGCAGCCAUACGUUCCCUAUACAUACACACCCAUACAUCUCGUUCAUGUCUAUCCGUUGACCCUGAUGAAUCGGAUACCGAAAAUGGGCCCAAGGAGCCCCAGGUGUCCCCCAUCCUCCUCAUGAAGAUCGCGGCCCAGUUAUCCCCCAGGGCACGUCUACAUCUGGAGACAUUCACCCUACUUGGCUGGCCUAGCGACACUCCCCUUCCGACAACACCUAUUCGACUUCAUAAGUUAUGGCUCUUCAAUGUGGUGUACAAACCCUUUUCAAGUCCGCAGACGGCGUCCUUCGAUCUCAUCAGCCUCUUCGAGCUUGACGAGAUCCACGUCUUGGGCGGACGCAUGCUUGACACACCAGACGUUACUCGGAGACUCGACGUGCUUGUUCUACCAGUCGCUACCCGUCCGGUCGCACGAAGCUUCUUCUUCCACGGCUCCGACUGCUUCGCUGCCUGCAACCUCCAGUGCGGGGGCUUCGAUCCUGAACAUCUCAAGAGCGUUGUGUUCUCCUUGAGAGACCUCGCCUCGCUGCAGUUUUUCUCAAAGCUGCUCCGUUUCCAAGGAACCGGCAUACGUGAUGUCCGCUUGGACAUCUCAUACGGCCUCCCGCAUGUGCAGAAAGGAACCGACCACUGGGACACUUUCGCUAUAGCAGCGUGCAUCCGCCUCGAGUCCCUGCGUUUGGAGUGGCAGCACGUGGGCGUAAUCCCCGGGACGCAGGAGCAGGACUUCAACGCUUGCGAGAGAAUCGCUGUGAUCCUCGCAUCUACGCCGCAGACCCUCCGUAACCUCACAUUCUCCCUGCCGCACAUGCACCAUCCGGGAGCUCUGGGCGAUACGCUGGGAUGCCUAGCCCCGCGAAUCGACCAAGCCGUCGACAGGUUUAGGGGGCUGAGGAGAAUCACUGUGAUGGUGACGCGGUUCAAGUUGUUUGCGGCCGAGGAGUGUAUGAACGUUGUACGCAGUACGCUCCCGACGAGGCUCUUGGAUAGCGGGGUGCUGCAAAUUGAGAACAUGCCCUUUUUGGGUUUGUCUCUGAUGUAUGCUGGAAGGUAAAUACGCAACGUAUUGUUGUAAAGGAUCCCGCGCAGGCGAUGGUAUACCAUGGUGUACGAGAUUCUAUGAGUCGGUGACAAUCUCUGACGCGUAGUAAUUCAAGUACGGCUCUUUGGAACACGUACGUAGAGCCUCGAGGCUGCCAUAUAUCCGUAAUCUUGCUCCGGGCUGUUCCAAGCGUGACGCGGUCUCUACGUAUUGACAUCAUCUGU